AGCACGUAGACGUAGUCUAGAUCUUGUUCGUCCUGACAUGAGUGAUCUGAGGAUUGUUCUGAUAGGAAAGAAUGGAUCAGAAAACAGCCGAGUGGCAAACACUUUACUGGGAACAGAAGCGUUUCACAGUGAAGCUUCAUCUUAUUCACAGCAGCACAGUGUGAGAAUCAGUGGAGAGAUGGAGGAGAGACACAUCACAGUUAUAAACCCUCCUCACCUGCUCCAGCAGAAUCUCUCACAGCAUCAGAUCACACAGACAGUGAGAGAGUGUGUUUCUCUGUCUGCUCCAGGACCUCAUGUGUUCAUACUCAUAAUGCAGUAUAAUGACUUCAGAGAGAACGACAGACACAGAGUGAAAUAUCUGCUGAACCUCUUCAGUGAGCAGGCCAUGAAACACACUAUAGUGCUGACUACUGAUGAAGACACACGCGGAUUGAUAUAUCUGACUUGUUUGAUCACAAAUAAUGCUAUUCAUGAUUUAAUAAAGGAGUGUGGAGGAGGACAUCUACAGUUUGAUACAGUAAACACUAGACGGCGCUCUGAGUUGUUCAGAAGAACAGAAGAGAUACUCAAGAAAGAACAUGAAGAAUUUCUCCUCUGUAACAUGUAUGAGGAUGGAGGUGAUGCAACACCAGUGGAUGGAGAUCUGAGCAGAUCUGGAGCUUCAGACAGAGAAGAUGACAAAGAGAAGAAGGAUUCUGAUCUCAAAGAGAGCACAAAAAUAGCAAGUGAUGGAGGAGGUCUGGAUGAAAGCAGAAUCACACUGAUGUUUUUCAGACGCUCGGGAGUUUGUGAUGUGACUGAGACUUCAUCAGUGGCUUUGUUGAUGUCCGAGCUCAUGAAAGGAGGACUGACGGAGCGGCCAGACGUCACUGACGCCUCAGUGGUAUUCCUGGAUUUGCCUGAGAUCUUUAAGGAGGAUCUGUGGAUUCAUCAGAGAAUGGACGGUCUGGAUCGGUUCCUGCUGUUUCCUGCUGGGCAUCUCACUGGUAGUCCAAUCAAGAGACUCUUCAGGAUCUACUGA